AUGCGCGGCCGUUCGAUUCACGCGCGCUCGCUGCUGAGGCAGCUCGGCACACACAAGAGCACGGCGCCAGCACUCUCCGCCGCCGCAUCUGCCAUCAGCACCUCUUCGGCGUCGGCUCGCGGCUUCAUCUCGAGCUGCGGCCCGCGCUCCACGCGCUCGUCGUCGCGUCGAGUGUCGUCAUCGGUGCUCUCGUCUUCCAAGUCGUCCGGAAACGCAUCGGCACCAGGCAAUGCAGGAGGAUCGUCGUCGUCGGGCAACAGCGGCUCGGCCGCUUCGUCGUCCUCGGCCGCCUCGAAAGGCGCGACCGCCGAUAAGCACAUGGCAUCGGGCACGGCUUCGCCGCUGGUCAAAGUCAAGUCGAACGGCCUGCGCCUCGCCAAGGCCGGUGUCAACCCUGCCAACCCACCACCAUCGACGCUCGCGAGCGUGGCGUGGGAGAGCUUCUUCACCAACGAACGCCCGCUUCUGCAGCACGAGAUGCUGCCGCCGCGCCCCAAGCGUGCCGGUGGCUUUGGAUCAUCGACGUCGCCAUCGGGCGGCUCUCUCACUGCCAUCUUUACUACGGACGGAUCGCUCGCCACGUUUGGUAACUUUUCGGGCGAGUCGCAGCCGCAGUGGAGGCGCAGGAUGCGCACCAUCGCACCGGAGCGAUUUGGCGAGCUGAUCGACGGCCUGGCAGGCAUCGAGGCUGAGACGAAUGUGGCAGCCAACAACGGCGGUGCUACGCGAUGGCUCGUGUCGAGCUUCCACCCAGAGUCGGAUCGGGUGGCGGUGGAGUCGGCCAAGCUGGAGGAGGAGGAGAGGAUGCGCGAAGAGGAGGAGGAGGCGGUGCAGAAUGCGCUGGACCGCGGCGAGGAUCCCGAGACGGCGCGCAAGCUGGGAGCCGAGGCGGAUCUGAUCAUCCUGGGCGAGCCGCACGGUCCGUCGGCCGAGUGGUCGCGCGGCGUGGCGACGUACCUGGCGGAGAAGGGCCGAGCGUACGAGGCGCCGGCUGCACCCGUGGCUGGUGAAGCGGAGGGCGAAGCGAUCGGCGAGCUGGAGGCGCGCUCGGUGGCUGGGCCGCACGUGGCCAACAGCGUGUUUUUCACGGACGACGACCCGAACCUGAUGCUGUCGCAUGCGUUGGUGCAGACGACGCUGCCGCUGGCGCUCAAGUGGGACAAGCUGGUGGCGCAGAUGGAUGCGGUGGCGCUGGACGACCCCUCGCGCAUGGACGCGGUGGUGGAUACGACCAAGCUGGAUGCGGAGCUGGAGCCGUCUUUGGGGCGCGCAGGCAAGCGCGUCAAGGUGAGCCCGCUGCUGGAGGCGCACAACAUCAUGAUGGACAGCGUGCGCAGGAAGCGCAGGAAGAAGAUCCGCAAGCACAAGUACAAGAAGCUGCGCAAGACGCAGCGUGCCGAGCGCCAGCGCAUGAAGAAGUAG